UCAUCCGGACCAACGACCAACUUCAAGCAGUUGGAGUCGAUGGAGCAAGGAAAAGGUUAGGUCAUCUAGACCUCAAAUAUAUCGAGCAAUGUUUGUCUCUUUCACAAAUGUGUGUAACGAGUAACAUUUAAAUUUGUUUCACUCAGAGAUAUAUAUAUAUUUAUAAUAAGAAAAUGGCAUCAAUUGUUCGCGUUGGUAUCGCGAAGAUUGGAUACAAUAAUCUCACUAGGCGGUUAUGUAAGGUAAAAACUACCAGCAAUGUAACGCAAGUAGCAUUCAUCUCGCAUAAGUCAAAGCGAGUAGGUCGACGACAGCUUGCGCCUUUUGAUUACUUCAACAAGAAGUAUGGUUUUUGGGCUAAGCUUUUCGAUCCAAUGGUGGAUCGGUGCGACGAAAAUAGCAAGAUAAUUGUUGUUGACGGCCCUAUUGCUGCAGGAAAGUCUGAAGUGGCUGCAAAACUGGCAGAAGAGUUUGAAAUGGUUUAUGUACCACCACCCUCUUUCGACGAUUAUUACAUAAAUCCUUACGGAUACGAUCUGCGCACACUGGAUGACAGAUUGUCUCCGGGUGCACAGUCGUGCGAUAUCCAGAAAUUUCUGACAAAUCCUCAUCAUGUCAAUGUGCCCAUGUUUCAACUUAACUUCCUACAAUUCAGAUAUGAUCAGUACAUCACUGUCGUUUUACAUUUGUUGUCAACCGGUCAGGGAGUGGUGCUAAACCGAUCUUUUUAUUCCGAUGUUGUGUUCGCAAAAGCAAUGGCAAAUGCUGGUUACUUACGCCCACAAGCGCUGAAAUUUUAUCAAGAAACUGCAAGAUUUACUCAUUUAGAGAUGAUGAGACCUCAUUUAAUCGUUUACCUGGAUGUACCUGUAGACACAGUCAAGGAAAGAAUUAAAAAACGUGGUAUACCAUACGAAGUGAAUAGCAAAGUGUUGACAACAGACUAUCUACAAGACAUUGAGAAUACAUACAAACAGGAUUAUUUGAAGAACGCUGCGACACAUUCUCACGUGCUGAUCUAUGACUGGACAAAAAAGGGUGAUAUUUCCACCAUGGUUGAGGAUAUUGAGAUGUUGAACUUCGAUUACGACAAGAAAGAGAAAAAAAUGAGAGAUUGGACGUUUGAAAACGUACAGGAGCUGCGAAGGAAGAGAUGGCUUUGCAUAAAUAGAGAUUUUCUCCAUGUAGAUUAUAUGAGAUACGACUUAUCAUGUCCGGAAAUGCACUAUACUCCUGAGGAAGACAAAGAAAUAGAAGAUAUAAUGAGAAUAGUACCCGGAGAAAAGUAUUUGAAAGGAUUUAAUCCUGAUCAGGGAGAUAAAGUUUUGUGGAAAGUUUGGGACGAACCGCCCCUUGGUGGAACUUUAAUACCUUAUUCGCGGGAUUUAGAUAUACUAAAGAACGAAGUAGAGAAACUGAAGGCCAGUGCAACGUUAUAAAAGCAAGGAAACUAUAUUUAAGCGAAAACAAUAGUUUGUAAACGAUGAUUAGAAUGAAAAUAAAUAUUUGUGUCAACACCAGGAAACAAAUGUUUUUUCCAACGACUCUUGGCUAUUGAUUUUCUUCUCUUUAUACUAUUGUCACAUUUAUCCGCACUAGUGGCAUUUUAAUCUUGAUAAGCGUAUUGAAAAUAAAUAUUACAAUAAUCUAUAAAGUCAUGUCAGAAACAGAUGUAUCAGUGAAAUAUCGUAUUUAAAAUAAAAAUCACCUUUGCUUGUAAGUAGUUUUUACAUAUGUAUAAAUUAUUAUUUUUCAUGACAUCGCGCAUAACAUUUAACACAUGAUUUGAAAAUAUAUAUAUAUAUAUAUAUUAAUAUAUAUUUUUACUGGCUUAUGAUACUCUUCAACAUACAUAGAGUAUAAAGAUUAUAAUCGUCACGUAAAUGUUAUUAUACACAGAAUAUAUAUUUUUUUGUUUUUUUUUUUUUCAAGACACAUAUCAAGUUUUACGUUGGAAUUUUGACAAUCAGUAAGCUUUCAUUAAUAUUUCUCAAGAAUAUGUAAUGCAAACAUUUAUAUAAUAUUUACUCAUGAUUCAUUUAUGAUUUUUAAAUAGAGAGUCCGUAUGUUGAAAAAGAUAAGAAUUGCACAUAUAGUAGAUUAAACUAUCAAACGACUUCAAUUGAAUUUUUUCUAUGGAAUUUGAUUCUAGUACGUUGUGAUAUUAAUGACUGACUUCCCGGUGUAAACUAUGUAAAAUCGCGAAAUUCAAGAUUGUAAAAAUUAAUUUUUAUCGUUUAUAAAACUUGUACUUAUCACAAAGAAAAUGUUUCUUUGAUUUACUUCACUCUUGUGAAGUGUGUGGUUACAAGUAGACAAAUUGCAAUCUAAUCACUUGUACGGAGACACAUCUCUUAUUUUUAACCCUCAGUAUACACAUUAUGUCUAAGUUCCUAUUUAGCCACACAUGGGUUAGCGUAACCCGACGUUUUCUUUUGCUUAUAACUCGAGCUGUAAUCAAUCAAUCAUUUUGACGACUUUUUUCUUCUAUCGAUAGCCCAUCAUCUCAAAAAAAAAAAAA